GAUGGGGACAGGAUGGUCCUGGAGGGACGCGGGUUUGAGAGGGUGGGCACGGAGGGGCGCAAGGGGGUGACCACAGAGGGGCACAGAGGGACACGGGUGUGACUCGGACACCACGGGGUGGCCACAUGCAGGGGGUUGGGCAUAGAAGGACACGGACGCGAGGGGGACACACGGACAGGAAGGCGAGCGGGUAGUCACGAAGGGACUCGGACACCAGGGGGCGGACACGGACACGGUGUGACACGGGGGGACACGGAGGGACACGGGGGGACACAGGGGACGCAGAGGACACAGGGGGUGGACGUAGAGGGACAUGGACACCAGAGGGGCUUGGACAUGGGGAGUGGACACGAACUUGGUGCUCUCGGGGCACGCGGGACCCUGAGCUGCGGACACGAGGUGGGGACACCGGGAUGGGGACACCUAUGGGGACACCGGCAUGGGGACAUCCACCCUGCCAGGGGACACAGACACAGAGUCACCCGGCCCCGGGGUCCCCUCGCACUCGAGGGGUGUCCCUGUGCUGGCGGGGGGUGAGGGUGGGUGGGUCUGUGAGCACACGCGUGUGGCUGUCCCUGUGUGCCCACACGUGUGUCCCCACCCCUCGGGUCACCGGGGUCACCGGGACACUCAGCCAGUGCCGAGGGGAUGCUCAGCACCCCGAGAAACGACCGGGGGGUCUGGCAGGGCUCAGGGGGUGCUGAUCUGGGGGUGCUGCCCCCCUGCCCCCCCCGGGCCGGCUACGCCCUGACAGGGUGACACGGGGCAGCCGGACCCGCCUGUUCCUCUUCCCCACACCAGGCAGCAGCGGCCGGAGCGCAGGCUCCCGGUGCGGUGGAGGCACCAUGGGGCUCCCCGCUGCCCCGCUCGUGCUGCUGCUGCUGCUGUGCCCCGCCGCCCCCGUGACCCCCGCGACCCCCGCGACCACCGUGUCCCCCUGCCCGGCCUUGCUGCCGGCCAGUCCCAAGGAGGUGGACCUGAGCAACAGGAGCCGCAGAUGUGCCGAGCUGGACUGGGGCCCGUUCCAGCAGCACCGGCAGCUGGUGCUGCGGCACAACGGCAUCGAGGCCCUGAGCCCCUGGGCCCGCCUGGGGUCCGGCACGGAGGAGCUGGACCUGGCCGAGAACCGGCUGCGGGAGCUGCCCCGUGGGUUCUUCACCAACGCCACGGCCCUGCGGACCCUGCACCUGGAGGGGAACCCCCUCCCCGCCGUGCCCGCCGCCGCCUUCGCGCCCGCGCUCAGCUCGCUGUCCGUGUCCUGCCGCUGCGACGUGCUGGGCACCGUCCUGGCCCCCUGCGCCCGCCCGGGGCUCCGCUGCCAGUGCUUCACCUCCGGCGGGCAUCCCUUCAACGUCACCGAGUUCCACAGCCGGGAGUGCGGGCGCGGCGCGGGGCUGGCGGCCGGGCUGGCCGGGGCGGCCGCGGCGCUGGCCGUGCUGGCGGCGCUGGGCGCUGCCGCCGUCCGGUACCGGCGGAGGAGAGCGGGGGCCGCGGUGGGAGAAGAGGGCAGGGGGAAGCAGGACCCCGCUGGAAACCUGCGGCAGCCCCGCUACGUCAGCCGGGACGCCGGGAGCGGCACCGCCGAUGUCGCCGAUGCCCCCGACUACGAGAACGUCUUCGUGAGCCCUGGCACGGCCCCGGCUGCCGCGCAGGGAUGGGCACCGGGGUGGCAGGAGCAGCGCUACAGCCCUCAGGUCCCCCUGGAUGAGGAUUAUUUCCUGGAGAGCACCGCGGACCCUGGGGACCAGCCCAUCUACGCCAACACUCUGGGCCUCACAGAGGACCUCUACAUCAUUCCUGACCAGUGAGGGGCUGGGGGACACUGGGAGGGCUGGGGGGACACUCUUUGCCCCCCACCACUGCCCUUUCCCUGGCCGUCCCCCAGCCCCGAGGGGACAGGGACAUUCCCCCCGUGCGGGGCCGCGCGUGGUUCCCACACGCACAUCCUGUGGGAACCCCUCUCGCAGGGGGAUUUUUUUUUUAACAGCCCCAGUCCCUUCCUUCGCCCCAGUUCUCACGCUGAGGUGAGGGCUGAGCUGACGUUUCCUCCCGGGGCCGAGGCCAGCGGCCGUGGGGACGCCCCGCGCCGCAUCCGCCGGCACCGGGGCUGCGGGGCCGGGACACGCUCGGGGUCCCUGGGGCCACGGGAGGAGCCCGGGCUGGGGCUGACCACGGCCUCGGCUUCCUCUUCCUCUUUUGGGGCCGGUGGAGAGCCGGGUGUGUGCUGGCCCGGGGGCGUGCUGGCGGUUGGGGACAUCCGGUGCCACCUGCGCCCUCUUUUCCUGCUAAAUCCGCCGCUUUGGGGAACAAAGCUUCUUUUUUUUAAUCCUCCUGGUGACACCCUGAGCUGUUGGGUGCUGUGGGCACGUAGGGACCCCAUGGCUUGUGUGGGUGUCCCCCCAGCCCCUGGGUGGCUUCACUGUGCCCCAUUAAAUUUAAUUAUCUCUAA